AUGAUUGGGCAGCCUGGUGACGCAGAUGAAUGGGUUGAGGUGGGCAGGAUUGGGCCUCCGCAUGGGGUGCGGGGAGAGAUGAAGGUGCAGGCGCUGACAGACUUCCCCGAAGACCGCCUAGCCACGGCUGGGCCCAGGUGCGCCUGCUGGCUCGCCCAGCGCUCGCCAUCCCCCUGGGCGCUGCAGGUGUGGCUGGUGAAGCUUGCAGAAGUGGAGAGCCCUGAGGAGGCGGCGCUGCUGCGGGGCCACACACUGCUCAUCCCCGCCAGCGCGCGGCAGUCUCUGGAGGAUGAGGACGAGUUUUAUGUGCAGGACCUGGUGGGGCUGCGAGUGUUCCUGCAGGCCACCGGGGAGGAGGUGGGCCUCGUGUCGGACGUGUUUGACGGCACCGGCACCCACGACGCAGCAGAGGCAGAGGCGGAGGGAGGCGCUGCCGUGCCCCGCCACGUGCUGCUGCCGUUUGCCAAGGCCAUGGUGCCGGUGGUGGAUCUGGCGGCGCGGCGCAUGGAGGUGACGCCGCCUGAAGGGCUGCUUGAGCUGGUGGCGCCGUCCAAUCAGCGGCGGGCGAGGAAGGAGAACCGUGGGCGGCGGGAGCGGCGGCGGACACGGCCCCGCGGGCAGUCAGCGACGGGCGCGGCCGAUGCGCUUGGCAGCGACGGCAGCAGCCCGGCAGAGUGA